GAUCACGAUGCGGCUCAUGUACAGAAAACCCAUGGACGGGUGAACCCCGCCUAGUUGAGACUAGCCUUCACCGACGCCGUGCGGUUCAUCCCACGAGACAAUGCGCUCUCCAGGAAACACCCGCCGUCAACAACGCCAUGUGGGCAGCACAGACCCGAUGACGUCGUCACCCAAAUGCUGUGGAGCAGAGCAGUGUACUGGCCGGCCAAGCUUGGGGUGCUCCAGCGUCUCGUGUGCCCGGGGAAGGGCCCACUCCAGUCCAAAUCGACGUGCUGGCGGUGCUCGAGGCAGGGCCUGCCUGUCAGUCCUGCUAGUCAGGUGCUGCAGGACUCAUGUCCGCCUCAUUCUUGCAAAGCAUCAGAUUCCAAUCAGCCGAGUGGAUCGCUCCACGGCGCCAACUCAAAAAGGGAGCGCCAUGGUGAGACCCGGGACUUGCAGCGAAUCACAGCAUCCUUCCUUGAUGGUGCGCGCGGCUCCGAUUCCUAUGCCCUGCCACCGGGCACUUUUGACGCAAUCGACAAUCCCAUCCUGCUUUGGGGGCCUACUAUUACUGGCCGUUGUGUGCCCAGGCCGCUGGAGCACGACGCGCUACCGCGCUACGCUGCUUACGUUUUUGUUUUUGAUACUCGGCAACCCCGGCUAAUUAAAUAGGAUUGUUGCGCUUGUCCGCUCGAAGCACAUGCUCGGCCAGAGCGAGAUCGAGGAGGUGCGCAUUGUCCGAGCUAAGCGUCGCGCCACGAGGUUCCUCAUCUGAUCGCAUAAGGAACAACCAACUUUAAUCUGCCACACAAGCGGGCUCCACGUGAUUCGUGCCGUCUUCAGCUGGCUUCGCUGCUUGACAGGCCUUACCUCGCAAGUGCGCGAAGUGAA